GGAAAUAUACAUCUCAUACACACAAACAGUUGACAGCAGAACGUCUGAAGGACGUUGAAAAUCUAGAACAUCCUGGUCAUUCGAUUUAUGAGUUACCACCAUCUGAUAAACAAUUCACAUAUAACACACAUCAUGCACGUGUACAACCAACCUCAGAACAUUUGAAAGAAUUAGAAAAUGAUUAUCUGACUUCUGUGUUACCAGCUAAUAUUGAUUCCUUCGCAAGCUCCCAAUUACGAUUUACUGUUGAAGACAUCGCCAACGCAAGCUAUCAUAACCAACGUCCAGUUUUAUCUACAGAAUAUGCAGACUAUCAAAAUCUCUCUGAAAUGGAAUCAGAGUCAGAUAUAAAAGAAAGUGAAGAUAAUUAUAAUCAAACAAAUCGGAUGAAGGUACUUCAAAGAGAUGCAAUAACAGUGAGAGUUGACAAUGAUUCUAUCAACCUCCAUGUUAUUGACGUUGUUAACCAUACACCCGACAAUAAACGUGUUGGUUUGGAAAGUGAUAAAGAGAGAAGCAGCACACAAUCGAACGAUAGCACAGUUUCACCUUUGACCGCGUUGAUAGAGGUAACAUACACUGGAUAAAGAUAAUUAAUUUUCAGAUUUGGCUUGUCAAUUAUUUCCCAGAUUCCUAAUUCAG